AUGCAGGGGUCUCUGAGACGGGGGCCAUUGGCCUGUGUAUCCUGGUUGCUGCUCAAGAACUGCAGGGCACACAGUAGGUUUCCCAGCAGUGGAUGCUCCAGUCCAGAAAGGCAGCAGGGGCAUGCAGUUUCGAAGGAUUUCAACUCCAGGCUAGUGACAGGACCGACUUUUCAGCAUUUUUUAAGAAGUGCUUCUGCUCCUUCAAAGAAGCUGUCUUCUCCUGAAGCAGAGGACCCACCCCCCUAUCUUACGGAGGAUGAACUUUUAGGAAGGCAGAGAAAAGUCUACUUUGAGACAUAUGGCUGCCAGAUGAAUGUGAACGACACAGAGAUAGCCUGGUCUGUCCUCCACAAGAGUGGCUACCUGCGAACCAGGAACCUCCAGGAGGCUGAUGUGAUCCUCCUUGUUACAUGUUCUAUCAGAGAGAAGGCUGAACAGACCAUCUGGAAUCGUUUACUUCAACUUAAAGCCCUGAAGACAAAACGGCCCCGCUCUAGAGUGCCUCUGAAGAUUGGGAUUCUAGUGUUAAAGAUACAAAAGGUCUGCUUUUGUGCUUCCGCAACCUCAGCUUGGUCAAUAAUGCGAGGCUGUGACAACAUGUGCAGCUACUGCAUCGUCCCUUUCACACGUGGUCGGGAGAGGAGCCGGCCUGUUGCCUCAAUUCUCGAAGAAGUGAAGAAACUUUCUGAGCAGGGACUUAAAGAAGUGACCCUCCUUGGUCAGAAUGUUAAUAGUUUUCGGGACAAUUCAGAGGUGCAGUUCAACAGUGCAGUGUCCACCAACCUCAGCCGUGGUUUCACCACCAACUAUAAAUCCAAGCAAGGUGGCCUGCGCUUUGCUCACCUUCUGGAUCAAGUCUCCAGAGUAGAUCCUGAAAUGAGAAUCCGUUUCACCUCUCCCCACCCCAAGGACUUUCCUGAUGAGGUUCUGCAACUGAUUCAUGAGAGAGACAACAUCUGUAAACAGAUCCAUCUGCCUGCCCAGAGUGGAAGCAGCCGUGUACUGGAGGCCAUGCGUAGGGGAUAUUCAAGAGAAGCUUAUGUGAACUUGGUUCACCAUAUCAGAGAAUCUAUUCCAGGUGUGAGCCUCAGCAGCGAUUUCAUUGCUGGCUUUUGUGGUGAGACUGAGGAUGAUCACCUCCAGACUGUGUCUUUACUUCGGGAAGUUCAGUAUAACACGGGCUUCCUCUUUGCCUACAGCAUGAGACAGAAAACACGGGCAUAUCACAGGCUGCAGGAUGAUGUCCCGGAAAAAGUAAAAUUAAGGCGUUUGGAGGAACUCAUUGCUGUCUUCCGAGAAGAAGCAACAAAAGCCAAUGAGACUUCUGUGGGCUGUGCCCAGCUGGUGCUGGUGGAGGGGCUCAGCAAGCGCUCUGCCACUGACCUGUGUGGCCGAAAUGAUGGGAACCUUAAGGUGAUCUUCCCCUGUACAGAGCUGGAGGAUGUCUCUAGCCCUGGUCUCAAAGUCAGAGCCCACCCUGGGGACUAUGUCCUGGUGAAGAUCACUGCUGCCAGCUCUCAGACACUAAAAGGACAUGCUCUCUGCAGGACCACUCUGAAGAACUCGUCAGCAGAUUAUUGCUCAGAAUGGAUGGCCCCUCUACAUUGA